AUGCAACCUCUUCCACAAUGUCUUGAGACAACUACACAUUUGAGAUGGAAAAGCUGUGGGGAUUCGCUCUUUGCUACGCGGGGCUCAGUAUCCGAAGCGUCAUUGAUACAGAUGCAACAACAUAUGGGCCAAGGUGAGUUCCAAAUGUUCGAGAGUAGCAUUGUUGGAAUAGACACUGGGUUAGUAGUCAAUAUUUGGAUCAGUUAACAAGAGAACAACACCGAGAUAAUCUACAAAUUAACAGAAAUUCUGAAUCUCUACAUC